AUGUCAAACCCCCUAGACUAUACAGUCGCUUGGAUAUGUACUCUCGAGAUGGAUCACGCCGCCGCUCUGGCUCUCCUUGACGAGACCUAUCCGCUCCCCAACGUCAUCCACCGCGCACCACGCGACACCAAUCUGUACACUCUGGGCAAUGUCAGCACGCACAAUGUCGUUAUAGCCACUGCCCCAGUCAGAGACGGUGGUGCGGUAUCAGUCGCUACCGUUUGGAGAGACAUGCUGCACAGCUUCCCGAAUCUUCGAGUUGCCUUGGUACUCAGUGUCGCGCCAGACCAGAAGCACGAUAUGCGCCCCGGUGACCUCUUAGUUGGUAGCCUACCGAAUCCGCAUAUCAGUUUAUCUCAGCACGACAACGCUAUACAAAAGUCGCCUCUCCUCGAGACAGGGCUAGGCCAGCCUUUUGCAUCCCUGCGAGCGGCCGUCUGUGAGCUCCAAAACAAGCACAAGCUCAAUAGCCAUCAACUCGAAAGAAGCAUCCAACAGACUUUGCAAAAUUGGCCUCAAAUGCACAAGGGGUAUUCUCGCCCACCUGCGAGCCACCUUCAGAAGGCACGUUCGGAUAGCGAUGGCAAUACACUACACAUUGACAACCCUUCUCGGCUGGUUUCACGACACACACAAGAAGACGAGUCCGAUAAUUUAACAAUUCACUAUCGUUUCAGCGCGCCUGCCAACCAACCGAUCGAGGAUGUCCAGCCAGGUGGGGAAGCAGCGACAAAGAGCGCUGACUUAUGUUUCGAGAUGGAGGCGGCUGAGCGGACAGACAAUUUCCCUUGUCUCUUGGUGCGCGGCAUUUGCGAUGCCGCCGACUCACACAAGAAUGGAGCGUGGCAGGGUUUCGCCGCUAUGGCUGCUGCUGCAUACGCAAAGGACUUGCUGUGUCAACUUCCACCUGACAAGAUAGAAUCGCAGCCGCAGGUCGAUUUACAACGACUUGCAGUUCCGGGGUUUGGCUCGAAACCUGACCUUCACCAAUCAGAACCCAAAUGCAUGCCAUGCGAGUCUUUGGAAAGACACCAGGGCUCACACGUGCAUGUCACUGACGGGAAGCUUGAAACCUCUCACGAGACAAGCGAGAGCAUCAGCUGUUCUACUGCAUCUGAAUACUGCGCCUCUGGCAGCUGCAGCGGAACUUGCGAGAGCGAUCCUGCGUCGGUAUCCCAAACUAAACACCAGUCUUCGAAGAAUGACUGUUACUACGACGCUGCUACACAAGUGGCAGCACCGGAUACCGUCCCAAUCGCAGCACGGCCCGUUGUCCAUUGCCAGCGAUUGCAUGUGGAUGAUACUGCCACAUCUAGUUUCGAGUCUCGUGAUGCCGAUGUGAUUACUUCACAACCCAACCUCGCAACCUAUGGUACUUCCAGACUGGAGCGAGAGAGACACCGAGAUGCGUACAUCAACGCAAUCCGCAAAGACGACGUCUUCAAACUUGCAUCUAGCCACAACCACGACAAAGAGUGCACCGAAUUUCGAGAGCGUGAAAACGGGAGCUUUCACGUCUGUUUUUUUGUUGAAUUCCCCUCUGAUGGCCAAAAAUGGGUUGUGAGAUUUCCCAUCUGUCCGGUCCUUUAUGAACCAUGGCAGAAGCUACGGAGCGAAGUUGCUACCAUGGAAUAUAUCCAAACCAACACGACGAUUCCCAUACCCCGUGUGUAUGGUUAUGGGCCAGGUGGUGAUUUAGACAUGAAUAAUGCCACCGGCCUCCCUUAUAUUAUCCUUGAAUACAUUGUUGGCCAGCCCUUUGAUCCUAAACGGCUGUUGAAGGCAUCCGAUGAUGUUGUACAAAAGUUCUAUACGCAGCUCGGCGACGCCCUAUCACAACUUCGGGCUCAAGAGUUUGAAUACGCCGGAUCCGUGACGAAGGACGCACGAGGCUUCGUUAUAGGCUCGCCUCGCUCCGUGGAUUUAAACAGCAUCCAGUUACAGGGCAGACGAGGGAGCGUUACUCCGCAAACAACAGCGUUUGACUUUGCCAUGUGCAACUACGAUACCCUCGCGCAGCGAUUAAGCCUCCCAACAGAGGAAAUGGGGGAAGACGACGCCCGACACGAGAUUUUUGCACUUGAAGAUUUCAAGAUAAGGCUCUUCCAGCUUAUAGACCCUUCCUUAAACUUCGAACCCUUUGUGCUUACACACGGGGACCUACGGCCGUCGAAUAUUAUCGUAAGUGAAGAUUUUACUAUAAAAGGCAUCAUUGACUGGGAAUGGAGCACUACUAUCCCUCGCCAGUUCUUCAUGCCGCCACUAUGGUUUAGUGGAUAUGAAGUGGCUAGUCCUAGGGACGCGCGAUAUCAAUUCCAGUAUUCUAUCUUUUACCAGGCGCUUUUGCGUGCCGGUGCGGCAUCGGACGCAUGCCGCACACUCGCAUUGGAAUGGGGGCCAGAUCUUGGAUCCAGCUACCGCCUCUUCCUACCCGAAGCGCUACUACACCACCAUGCUCUUCUGCAUGUAUACUACCUGGCUCUGUUCCCCGAGUUCUUCAAGGGCAUGAGGCGGCAAGAUAAGCUCGAGGCGUUUUACAGAUCCUCAAGGGUAUUCCGCGAAGCAGUGCGGGUCAAGGUGGAGGAAUCAAGGAAAUACAAGGAACAUCUUAUUGCAGAUGGGCUACUCAAUCCAGAUAUUAAAAGGGCUCAAGACUUGGAACUUGAGGCGCUGCGCCUCAAGGCUGCGAAACUAUUCGGUAGUGGCACGGCGGCGCCUUAG